ACACAUAGUGCGUUGUACAGUUUAGCUAGUUAACCCCUCGUGUGUUUGAUAACACUGAUCAUUUAAGUCAAGUGCAAAACGAGCAUGUGCCAGUUGUGGUGAUUGUGUCGCGAGCAACAGACGGAUAGACAGACAGACAAGAUGAAACCGAAACCUGACUCCCCCGUCGCCCUGCUCGACCCCUCCCUGCUGCUGCGUCCUGAAGAAGUCUUCAACGGGAAGCCCAUCGAGGCCUUCAGAGACUACACCGUAGACGAUGAGGACCCGCUCCGGGCGAGGGUCAGGAGGACGUAUUAUGACAUGCACUCGCAGAUGACGUAUCAGUUCGUUCAAGACAAAAUGGCGACCUGGCUGAAGUUCAACCACUUCAAGUCCACCAUCAAGGAUGCGCUCAUCCGGCUGAACUCGCUGGUGGACGAGUCCGACCCCGACUCCGAGCUGCCCAACAUCGUGCACGCCUUCCAGACCGCAGAGAACAUACGCGCUGACUACCCGGAUGAGGACUGGUUCCAUUUGACAGGACUCAUACAUGACCUUGGGAAGGUGAUGGCGUUCUACGGCGAGCCGCAGUGGUGCGUGGUGGGCGACACGUUCCCGGUGGGCUGUCGCUGGGCCGAUUCCAUCGUCUACGGACAGGACAGCUUCAAGGAUAAUCCGGAUACCUACAACCCUAAGUACAACACCCCGUGCGGCAUUUACACCCCGAACUGCGGCGUGGAGGCGCUCACCAUGUCGUGGGGGCACGACGAGUACCUGUACCGGCUGCUGAAGCACAACCGGGCCACCAUACCCGAGGAGGGGCUCUUCAUGAUCAGAUACCACUCGUUCUACCCGUGGCACGCGGGCGGCGACUACGCGCACCUGGCCGGCACCCCCCGCGACGAACACAUCAAGCAACAGGUGCUCAAGUUCAAUAAAUACGACCUGUACUCCAAGAGCGCGGCGGUCCCGGACAUCGAGGCGCUGUGGCCGUACUACGAGUCGCUCAUAGACAAGUACAUACCCGGGGUCAUCGAGUUCUGAACAGUCACUGAUGUACCUAAACCUACCGAUGCUGGAGUAAUAUAUGCCUAGUUACAUAACAUAGAUUAUAGAUGCUCCGCUUCGACCAAAACAAACUCAAUCUAACUAAUUUAUAUUUUAUCGACUGAAGACAAUGAUGAACAUUCUAUAGUUAUUGUGUAGGAUGAGGAUGACUUACUUAUUUAAAAUUUGUUAUGAAUUAUAAUAUUUUAUAAUGUAAUAUAGGUGCUAUACAUACUAGGACUAAGAGUUACGAACUCACAAUACCAAAUAAUUGUACAAAAUAUAAAAUCUAUGAAUGGAACAACUUAUACAAAUAAAUGUUAAAUAUUUUUAAUAA